UGGGAACAGCGUGACUACUGACAAUGCAUGGAAGAUUAAAAGUCAAGACAACGGCUGAACAGGCUGAAGCCAAACGACUGGAAAGGGAGAAGAAAUUGAAAAUUUACAAUGCUGCUAUGCAAAAAGUGAUGGAAAAGAGGAAGAAUGGGGAAUAUGAUUCAGAAGCUCUUCAUAUCACCGGAGAAAUAUUAUCAGCAAAUCCUGACGUCUAUUCUCUGUGGAAUUUCAGGAAAGAAAUUUUUGAAGCCUGGAAGGAACAAAAGUCUGAGGAGGAGUUGAACAAAGUGUUUCAGGAUGAGCUUUAUUUCGUGGAGACGUGCCUGAGAGCCAACCCUAAGUCUUAUGGCUCCUGGCAGCAGAGGUGUUACAUUCUGACCACAAUGCCACGCCCCAACUGGACACGAGAACUCGGCCUCUGCAACAAGUUCCUGGAGUAUGAUGAGCGGAAUUUCCAUUGUUGGGAUUAUCGCAGAUUUGUUGUUAACCAUGCAGAAAUAUCACCUGAAGAAGAAUUGGAAUUUUCCACAUCCAAAAUUAGCUCAAACUUUUCAAACUACUCUUCCUGGCAUUACCGAAGCAAGUUACUUCCCUUGGUAAAACCAGAUCCAAGUCAGCCAGUUGGUAUCACAGAGGAAGCCUUACUGAAUGAGUUUGAGAUUGUACAGAAUGCUUUUUUUACUGACCCUGAUGACCAGAGUGCAUGGUUUUAUCAUAGAUGGCUGCUGGGAAGGGGCCAGACAAAGCUAGAUGUCCACUCAGUACUGGUGUGUAAAGCUAUGAGUACAGUUACAGUUGGAUUCACCACUCCGAUAUUGAUAGGGAAGGACUAUGCUGUUGGUGUGACUGUGAAUGGGUCAAGGGUCAAUGAUGGCAGCUGGACAGUUCCUGGUGGCAAACACAAGUAUUCGUCUGUUUGGAUAUUGUCAGCUGGAGAGAGGAUUCCAGACGCUGACCUUAAAGUGGACGUCACAGUGACCCAGUGUGGAGAGCCUAAGCCCUGUGUUCAGACCUCAGUUCACAUGCCCAGUGGGUCUGGUCCGGUGUCCUGGCAGCGGUUGACCACAACAGGGAUUACCUUCAGCCAUGAGAUCAGUGCCACAGCCAGCGUAUUUCUCACCAAGGAAUUGGAAUCUUGUCAUGAACUCCACGAACUGGAACCAGAAAAUAAAUGGGCACUUUUGACAAUAGUACUACUGAUGAAGUCCCUGGACCCAGAGAAAUAUGAAGAAGCCAUCUCUAACAACCUGAUCCAACUGGAAACUCUGGACAGCAAACGUCAGAACUACUACAGGGAUCUCAGAAGUAAAUUUCUGCUGGAGAAUGCUAUAGAGAGACUGGACUGGACCACGAAUCAGCUGGAGUUACCUGAGAGAGGACUGACAACUGUAACACACCUGGAUCAUCUGAUGUCGUUAAGGAGACUCAAACUGGCUAAGAAUCGACUCAAGUCCCUGAAGGGGUUCUCCCACCUGCAGGGAGUAGAGGAGUUAGACCUGAGUGAAAAUCAGAUACAGGAUCUGACUGGCCUGGAACAUCUCCCUCUUCUACACACACUAAGCCUAGUCAACAACAAUGUUCAGAGUAUUGAAGACCUUAAUGUGUUGAGAUCUAAUCCUGCAUUGAAAAUUCUACAUCUGACUGGAAAUCCAUGUGUGAAAACAGAAAACUUCCAGAAAAAAGCGUCUGAAGUGUUUCCUCGUGUGAAAAUUAAUAUUUAAAAAUUACUCAGAAAUUUUUCAAAAUGCAUACAGGUUUAUUUCACGACAUUCCUAAACCAUGUUGAUCAUGGUGUGAAAUGUUUACAUGUUUAACGUGACAAAUGGUUUUAAUAUGCAUGAGAGUGUUUGUAAGCAUAAUUUAUUUACCACAGAUCUAAAAGUUUGUUAUGACAGAUUUUAUUUAUGCGUCAAGGUUUGUGCCAUUACAUAAAUUGUAUUUCACACAAUCAAAUUCAUGAAUGUAUCGUAGUAAAACAUUUUCUUCAGGGCAGGACAAUUAUGUUGGUAUCAAAGAGGACAUAUUCGUUGAGUGGUGACAACUGUCAAUCAUGCGGUCCCUGCUUGUUGUGAUACAUAUGCAUUAAUAAAUGUGCUGUGGAAUGAGUAUUUAACCUUGUUCUUAUUCAUAGCAAAGAAAACUGGGUUUACAAUCCUCUGGAUGGUUGUUUCUUUCUUUCAAAAUUAUU